AUGAAGAAAUGGCACGCUCUCGUCGUGGAGAACGCGGAGGAUCUUGCAGUAAUCGCGUCCUGCGAGAGCGCCAAGCCUCUUGAAGAAGCUCGAGCAGAAGUUAACUUCACUGCCGGCAUUAUCGAGUACUACGCGCACGAGAUCGUGCGCUCCAGCGGGUAUUUGGUGUCUCUGUCCGACGCGGACGAGAUGGUGCUGGUCAUGAAGGAGCCCGUCGGCGUGUGCGCCAUCAUGUGGCCCUGGAACUUUCCCUACGCGACGGUGGCCCGCAAUUUGGCGCCUUGUGUCGCGUCUGGCUGCGCUGCAGUCGUCAAGCCGUCGGGCAAGACGCCUCUGUCCAUGCUGGCGCUGGCGUCCCGGCGGGGCCACUCCGGCAUCGGCAAAGAACUGAGCGAGAAUCCCGACAUCCGCUUGGUCGCGUUCACGGGGUCGACGUCUGCCGGGAAGAAGCUCAUGGAGCAGGCCGCUUCCACUGUGAAGCACGUUGACGCUGACAUGGAGAAGGCGCUGGACGGACUCAUGGCCGCCAAGUUCCGCAACAGCGGCCAGACGUGCGUGACCAGCAACCGCAUCUUCGUCCACUCGUCCAUCUACGACAAGUUCACGGCCAAACUGGUGCAGCGAGUGAAGAAGCUCAAGGUCGGUCUGCCGCUGGAGCGUGGAGUGAAGCUCGGACCGCUCAUUGGACCCGAGGCCGUCGAGAAAGUUGAGAACUUGGAGAUGCGCGUCUGGAGCGAGGAGAUUUUCGACUCGGUAGUGCCGCUGUUCGUCUUCUCCAGCGAGGAGGAGGUGGUGCGCAAGGCGAACGACACAGAGGUUCGGCUGGCCAGAUACUUCUACACGCAGGACGUGUCGCGCAUCUUUCGUGUUGCUGGUAAACUGGAAACCGGCAUGGUUGCUGUGAACGCUGGUGUGGUUUCUAUUGUUCAGGCUCCGUUUGGUGGCGUUAAGGAGUCUGGGAUUGGUCGUGAAGGCUCGCCUGAAGGUUUGGAGAAGUACCUGGAGUCCAAGAUGGUGUGCAUCGGCGGACUGAACUGA